CAGUGCACUUCGGUUCUGUUAUCAGUAGUGGGGACCUAGAUAUGAGUGGACGCGUGUCUAGAACCAAGCCUAACUGCGCCCGCUGCCGCAACCAUGGGAUCCAGGUUCCCAUCAAGGACCAUAAACUGUUUUGCAAGUGGAAAAAGUGCAUUUGUGACAAAUGCAGUCGUACGGCAGAAAGACAGCAGAUUAUGGCCAAGCAGACAAGGAUUCGCCGUGCUGAAGAGGUAGUGAGCAAUUUAGCCAAGAAAGGUCUGCCAGUGCCUGAGAGAGUGUUAACUCCACCACCAGAGUCUCCUCUUAAUGUUGAUGACUCCCUUGACUCCAACUACUCUGCGUGUGCCUCCCCCGCCACGGGGUCCGCCCCUCCGUCACCACCACGUCAGCAACCCCGGCUCACUCCACCUCCAAGGCCUUUCCAUGACGCCACUGAUUUGUGGAAGUCCAUCGUAAAGUUGAUAGAAACGUGCCAUCUUCCACUCAACAUUUCGCCCCUGUUGUACAUCAUAUUUACGGAGAUCACACCGAACCCAGAUGAAGUCAUCAAACGUAUCAAAGCUGCAACUGAAAUGUUGCAUUCAAUCCCACGACUCCUAGAGAUGUGCAUGAUGCCCGACAGCACCAUACCUCUUCUCAUAAUAAUCCUCACUGAGGUCACACCUAAUGCAGACGCCGUUUUCCUUCGCAUGAAAAUGGGGAUAACAUAUCACGUCUCCAAAAGUUUAAAGUUUUAUUUCAAUAAAGUAUCUGAGGAUUUUUUAAAUCAAUAUAAUAUUUCCGAUGUUAUUUUACUGAUGAAUAUAUUUAACUUGUAUAUUAUUUAUUAUGGUUUAAAUCUAUUAACAUUACUAUCAGUUCUACUUUGUAACCUAAGAGCUAAUAUAUAUAAUUUAAAAUAUUUAAGCAAUCUCAAGAAUACAAGGAUAUAAAUAAAUGUUCUAUAUUUGCUUCAAGAAACAAGAAGACAUGGGAUUAUAAUAGAAACAUUAAUGGUCAUUUAAUCAAGACUAAUUAAUCAUAUAUAUUUUUCUUAUUUAAAAUAACAUAAAUCCUCAGAUUGAAGAAUUGUUAUGAAACUGAAGAAGAAGAAGAAUUUAAGAAGAUUAAGACAUGGAAAUGAACUGUUACUUCAUACUGUAGGAUCUUCUGGUGAAAAUAUUAUGCCAUUGAAGAAGAAGACGCAUUUAAGAAGAUUGAGAUGUGGAAAUCAACUGUAGCUUCAUACUAUAGGAUCUUCAGAUGAAAAUUAACAUCUAUGGAGAAAUGUAUAAGCAUCAAAAAGAUUUUGCAUUAACAGGUCAUAACUGAAUGUCAGUUAAAACUCACAAACUUUUUUCAAAAUUAUUAAAAUAUCAAAAUUGGGUGAAAGUCUAAUUUAAAGAGGCAUUUCAUGUGUUUAAAUUGAAUUUUAAGUCAGUAAUAGCAUUCUUACAGGUAAUAAAAACAUCCGUUUCUACAUUGGAUGCAAUUUAAAUCAAUUAAAGACUGCUGUCGGAAGUCUUUUUUUUUGUAACAAUUAACGGAAUUAAUUUGGUUUAUUUUUCAAUAUUAACAAAAUUGCAUUUCAAAAAAAUCUAUUACAUAUAAAUCAAUUUAAGAUGUUUUGCAAAUGCUACCUGAAGAUAAGAAGAAACCCACCAAGAAUCACAACAUUGGAGGAGGAGAGGAAUGAUCAUUUGACAAAUGUUUGGAGCAAAAAGGACGAGAAUUUUUAACCAAAAAUUAACUGCGCCCAUUUAAAUGGCCCCUCAAAGUAAUAACCUGAAAGACACGUUUGGGCCAACUAUAUUAUACAAAGUAGUUUUCCAAUUACAAUAUGUAUCUUUUUGCUACCAUAAGUCUUUUGCAAUUCAGAUAUUUUUGUAAUCGCUAAUGCUAUAUCUUUGACAAUUAAUAGAACUUCAGCAUACAAAAGUGAAUUGCAAAGCUAAUAAUGGAAUGAAAAAUUACAUAAAGUUUGAUAAUAUUUUUGGAUUUUGCCUAACGUUACUCUAUUUUUAUCUUAAUCCAGGAGUGAUUAUACUCUUUAUUCG